UUAUAAGAGAUCUUGAUUUGUGCGUGCAAUUAACCCACGAAAACCCUAAUCUCGUGUCAUUGAGCAGUCAAAAGAAAAGGGGUAAAAAAGGAUAAGAAAAUCAAACUCAAAUUAACCGAACAUAUUACGUUAAACCGAGCCGUUGGAUCUCCUACGAUCCAAGGGUGGGGAUUCACCUAUAUCCUAACCCUCAAUCGUCUUCCACAUCAGACGGCAGAUCCUUUAUGCCGCCGAUCUCCGUCGUAAUUCUAAAAUUAGCAGUUCCCUUCCCCUUUUUUCAAGCCGAUUCUCUCAGCAAGUAAACGACCAUGUCCGAUCACCUUCCCGCCGAUGUUGUCACCAGAAUUCUCGUCCGUCUGCCUGUUGCCGCACUUCUUCGCUGCCGCUCCGUCUCCAGGGCUUGGCGGUCCCUGAUCGACAGCCCGAUGUUCACAAAUCUCCAAAUCGAACACUCCGCCGCCACCGGCGAAAACGCCAUCCUCUACAUCAGCGAAUCCCACGGCGACUACGUCGCCGCCGAAUACGUGAACGGCCUCCGCCGCGGAAUCGCUCGCACCCCUCCUGCGCAAACUGGCGGCGGCACCGAUCCGCGCCAGGUCGUUGCCCUCUUGGGCUCCUGCAACGGGCUGCUCUGCUUCGCCUGCGACUGGGAAAAGGUAAUCGUAUCGAAUCCCGCCACCAGAACCGAUUGCUUGUUGCCGUUUACACUCCUCUUCAAAUCACACACAGUGGGAACUUACCGCUACUACGACGGCAGCCGUAACGUAAUUUACAACCACGGGUACGGAUUCGGGCACGAUCCCAUCUCCGACGACUAUAAGGUGGUCCAGAUUGUCCAGCUGUUCAAGCCCGAAGUGCAUUCUUUGAAUUCUCACUUGGUUAGCUACGGGGUUAGGUCGAAUUCUCAGGUAGACGUGGAAUUCCCCUAUGUGCUAUUUGAUUCCCGGGAUAUAGGUGUGUUUGUGGGUGGGGCUAUGCAUUGGAUAGUUGGUAAACUAGAGGAUCCGAACAGUGACGAUUUCGAUCCGGAUCCGGAUAUUGUGCUGGUUGGCUUCGAUUUAGGGCGCAAUGAGUCCAGGGAGUUGCCUCAGCCAAAGUACACUAAUGGUGGGGAAUCUUUCACCUUCAAACUUGGUGAGCUGGGUAAGUGUUUGUGUAUCUUUGCUGAUUACAAGGAUCGGUAUGUGGAGGCUUGGAUGAUGAAAGAGUAUGGUGUUAAGGAAUCAUGGAGCAUACUGUUCUCGGUUCCAUAUCCCGGAUUAUGUUUCAGUGAUACGAUCAAUCCUCUGGGAUUCUCGGUGACCGGUCAGGAGGUUCUUCUGCAACUGGAUGGCAAGAGGCUUGUUUGGUAUGACAUGAAGGAUCCUAUGAAGGUUGUUGCUGCAGAGGAGAUCACCGUCAAUGGGUUGAAGGGGGAGUCCUUGGAUGCAGUUUUAUGCUAUGGAAGCCUGGUUUCGCCCGGUGCCAAGAUUCCACGGCCCAAAGAGGAAGUGAAAGUUGACAAGCGACAAGAGAAACCAGGACCCCGAAGGAAGAAGAAGACCCAAAGGAACAAGAGGGAUGAAUUCUUGGCUAGUGGGUUCAAGCUGAAGCUGUAGUCAGUUAAACAAGGUUCAUUUCUGAGUUACUUGGAUACUAUGAUAUAAUGCAAUAGGGUAGAAGAAGAAGUUAGUUGAUAGGGUAAUGCAGUGGAGUAGUGUGAAGGCCGGUGGAGAUGGGGAGUUUUCAGUAUGUCUCCCACUCUACAUUUUGAGGCAUUUUGGGCCAUUUUUAGCUGUGUAGGAGGUUGGCAUUGGUGUAAGCUCCAAAUAGCAUCAGACAAAUUGCAGUUGCUGCAAGGAGUUAUUACUUGGAACGAGUAUGGUAUAUGUUUAAACCCUAAUUGUGAUGAUAUGUUCCAGUCUUUUCAGACAUUAUUUGGAUGAAAUGGUUUGUUUUUGGAAUCGGUUGUAGCUGAAUGAUUAAUAUUUAUACUCAUGAGGUCAUGCCAUGGCGAUUUGUAGUUAGUCAUUUACUGUUUUAUAUCGUUGCGCCACUAACAUUAGUGAUGGUAGGGAUGGCGAUGAUACCUCAAUAUCUUAAUAUUCAUGGUAUCCCAUCGGAUCCAACCCGGUCCAAAAUUGGAAAACUCUUUUAGUAAUUUUUUUUUUGUCAUAGUAAUUCUUGCGGAUUAGCCAGUUAAGCUUAAGGGUAACCACAAACAUUACAGUCAGUUCACAAACUCAAUUACAAACUAGGUAAGAGAAAUCGUACAAUGCAGAAGUGAGACUGUGAUAGCGUAAGGUCAUGUGCGCUACAUAACGGGCAGCUUGAUUCGCUUCUCGUGGAGUGAAAACAAAAUUAACGAAAGGUAAAUGUGAUCGGAGCCCUCUUGAUUAAGAUAAAAUCCAAAUUUGUCAUUUGCGAGCUCGUUAUGUUGCGAGGUUGGGACUUGGGACUGAUUUUAUCAUGCAUCCGAUCCGUACAUGAAAUGAUUUAUUAUAAUUGAGUGUAUAAUCAAAGAUCAUUUAUCGG